UCGUUGAAGAAACCAAAAUACACAAUAGGCUGUACCAUUUUAGAUUAUGCCAGUAGUACAAAAUAGAUCUCCACCACCGACUGAGAGCUCUUUUACGUCUAUGUAAAUGUAAACUGUAUUCCCUCGACACUUUUGGGGACGCGUAAAGCUGUGGUGGCAAGGGAAGCUGUAUUUCAAGUUGGAAAGUUUUAUGCGGUCAUUGGAUCCGAGGAUGCUUUAAAUUACACGUUAGAAUUCCUCCAGUUGGGAAAUCACACUUUAAACUGGUAAAUGCGGGUGAUAUUCGCAAACCUUUGGCAGAACCCCUUUCUGAUGAGUCCACGCGUCCUGUUUCUGGACUGACAGCGAAGGGCUCAGAAGAAGCUUGGUUAGGGUGAGGGAGUAGACAUCUUCCUCAGAAGAAGACUUCUGGCUUGAGUUCAUAAAAGGAUUUAAAAUAUGGCCACAGUGGGAUCAGUGGAGGAGGGACAAGAAGGUGGAGCAAAUAAUGAAUUCAGUGACAUCAUCAAGUGGCGAUCAGAUGAACAUGAUGCAGUCCAGAAGAAGACUUUCACAAAAUGGAUCAACGCUCAGUUCUCCAAGACGGGGAAGGCAGCCAUUAAGGACAUGUUCUCUGACCUGCGGGAUGGCCGGAAGCUUCUGGACCUGCUUGAGGGACUAACGGGAAAAACACUGACCAAAGAACGUGGCUCCACUCGAGUUCAUGCCCUUAACAACGUCAACAGAGUCCUACAGGUCCUGCAUCAGAACAAUGUGGAACUGGUGAAUAUUGGAGGCUCAGAUAUAGUGGACGGGAAUCAUAAACUAACUUUGGGUCUAAUCUGGAGUAUAAUCCUGCACUGGCAGGUGAAGGACAUUAUGAAAGAUGUAAUGUCCAGCCUGCAGCAGACAAACAGUGAGAAGAUUUUGCUCAGCUGGGUGCGCCACUGCACGCGCUCCUACGAUGACGUCAACGUCCUGAACUUCACCACUAGCUGGGCUGACGGCCUGGCCCUCAACGGCGUACUACACCACUUUAGGCCUCACGCGUUCAGCUGGGAGACGGUUCUCAACAUGACACAGGUGGAGAGGCUUGAUCACGCGUUCAACUUCGCCAAAGACGAACUCAACAUCGAGAGACUGCUUGACCCUGAAGAUGUGGCCGUGCAGUUGCCUGAUAAGAAGUCCAUCAUUAUGUAUGUGACCUCCUUGUUUGCCGUGCUUCCUAACGACGUUACCAUGGAUGAUAUCAGGGAGGUGGAGACCCUCCCCAGGAGGUACAAGGGGGAGACAGAGGAGAGCUCUCAAACGCUCUCUGCACAGGGAUUGGCUGUGGAGGCUGAGGAGGCGGGCAGCACAUGGGCCCAGAAUCCCAGCAUGGAGGCGGAACUGGAGGUAGAUCUGGACUCCUACCAGGCCACCCUGGAGGAGGUGCUUACCUGGCUCCUCUCUGCAGAGGACACGCUGCAUAUGCAGGACGAGGUGUCUGACGAUGUGGAGGAGGUCAAAGAUCAGUUUCACACACACGAGGCUUUCAUGAUGGAGCUGACAGCGCACCAGAGCAGUGUGGGUAAUGUGCUGCAGGCAGGAAACCAGCUUAUCGCUCAGGGCAACCUGACUGAGGAGGAAGAGGAGGAGAUCAGAGAGCAAAUGACCCUCCUCAACUCCCGCUGGGAGAAUCUGCGAGUGGCAAGCAUGGAUCGGCAGGCCAGGCUUCAUGAAGUUCUGAUGGACCUUCAGCAACAGCAACUGCAGCAGCUAUCUGAUUGGCUGACGGAGACAGAGGGGCGUAUCCGUAAGAUGGAGGCUGAACCAAUUGCCGGAGACAUGGAGGGAUACAAAGCACAAAUAGAGCAGCACAAAGUGUUACAGAAUGACCUGGAGCUGGAGCAGGUCAAGGUGAACUCUCUGACACAUAUGGUGGUUGUGGUGGAUGAGAACAGUGGGGAGAGCGCCACUGCUGCUCUGGAGGACCAACUGCAGUGUCUGGGUGAACGCUGGGCCGCAGUAUGUCGCUGGACUGAAGAACGAUGGAAUAAACUGGAGGAAAUGCACGUUGUGUGGCAGCAGCUGUUGGACGACCAAGCUUUGUUCCGUGCUUGGCUGAUGGAGAAGGAGAAGGCUCUCAGUGAGGUUCAGAUGGUCAACUUAAAAGACCCAAAUGAAAUCAACGCUAACGUCCGCAGAUUAGCCACCUUAAAGGAGGACAUGGCUCUGAAGCGCCGUACUCUGGGAGCUCUGUCUGACGCGGGGCAGGAUGUUACUCUGCUCCUCCAGAGCCCGGCAGCCGCCCUCCGCAUUGAGGCGGAUACCGAGGAGCUGGCCCAGCGCUGGGAUAACCUGGUCCAGAGACUGGAGGACUGCUCCAACCAGGUAACUGAAGCAGUGACCAAGGCGGGGAUGCCUCAGGUGCAGGAGAGAGUCGUCAUGGAGACCGUUACCACAGCAGUCGAGCGAUUUGAGCAGACGGUCGCCAGCGACGACCCCGAGCUACCGCCGCCUGCCCCCCCGAAGAGACGGCAUCUGGACGCUGACAUGGAAGUCAGGAGACUAGUUGAAAGUGAAAUUCCUGAGGUGUUAGCCUUUCUUACUUCUUGGAAAACUGCAGCCAACCGACUGGCCUCUGGAGAUGCCUCUGACACAAAGGAAAAACUACAGGCAGUAGAGGCUGGGCUAGCAGAGAGGGAGGGGCAAGUAAGAAAGGUGAUACAGGGAGGAGAGAAAAUUCUGGAACAAUUGGAAAAGGAGGGCCUCCCCUCAACUGACGCUCAUUCUGGAGUGAACUUGGUGCGUGGAGAGUGGGAGAACUGUCAAAAACUACUCCAGGACCUAAGAAACAAGCUUUUGCUGGCAGACCGCAUCCAAAGCUGCUCUGCUGAACUCCAGGCUCUGGAUCAGGCUUUGGUGGAGCCGGAAAAAUGGCUGAGCUCUACUGCUGGUUCUACUGCUGAUGAGAAGAAACUUCAGGCCCUCAAGGCAGAAUGCCAGGCUCAUUUGGAAGGAUUAGCAGCCUUGUCCCCACGCCUUAGCGAACUUUCUUCUCUGGUUGAAGAGCCCAGCGUUCCCGAAACCCUGAAAACCAACUUUGCCACCCUGACCGCCCGCUACUCUUCCACCACUCAGGAACUGACAAAACGAGAGCAGGAGCUCAGUGCAGAGUUGGAAAGUCUUGAGCGUAAUGCCCAGGCAGCCGGUGCUGUGCAGGAAAUUGAUGCCAGGCUGAGUGCCCUCAGGGCAAGUGUUGUGGAUGUGCCAACAGCAGAACAAGCCGUGGAGAAAGCCCAGGUGUUGUGUGCAGAGGUGGAGCAGCGGCAAGCGAAGACCUCAGACCCCACAGAACUGCAGCAAUGGAACCAACUGUCCUCUCAGGCUCGUGACGAGCUGGGCAUGCUGCAGUGCAUUCUGGGUAGCCUGAGGGACACCCAGGUACGGAGUGCAGAGGUGUGCCGUUGGCUGGACGCUGUGCAGGAGCUCCUGGCACAUGACUCCGCCAGUACCAGCGACACCGACAAGCUUCAGGAAGAACUCAACCAAUGCAAGGAGUAUGUAGGGGAGAUGGAGGCUGUGGAGGCCUCACUGAAACAGAUGGCUGAGAAUGUGACAGCGUUGCAGGAAACUGCAGUACCAGGAUUGACCAGGUGGGGGCAGUUAGGGCUUGAGGAGAACCAGAGACGGUGGGAUACUCUCAGCAAACAGUUGCUUAGCCACCAGGAGCGAGUGUGUGAAAGUCAGGAGAAAGCGGUGAACCUGAGGAAAGACUUGGCCGAGAUGGAGGAGUGGAUGACGCAGGUGGACGAGGAGUUCCUCAUGAGAGAUUUCGAAUACAAGAACCCGGAGGAACUGGAGGGAGCUCUGCAGGAGAUGAGGAGGGCUAAAGAGGAUGUGUUGCAGAAGGAGGUGAGAGUGAAGAUUCUGAAGGACAGUAUAAACAUGCUGACGGCCAAAAUGCCGUCCGGGGGCCAGGACCUGACUGCCGAGCUGGCGACGGUGCUGAAAAACUACCAGAAACUCUGUGACAGAAUCAAGAGCAAGUGUCACACACUGGAGGAGGUUUGGUCGUGUUGGAUUGAACUGCUGCAGUAUCUGGAUUUGGAGUCAAACUGGCUCAAUAGUCUGGAGGAGAAAGUUCAGGCCACACAGAACCUUCCAGAAAACACAGAAGUUGUGAAUGAAGCUUUGGAGGCUCUGGAGUCUGUUUUGCGUCACCCUGGUGAUAACCGGACUCAGAUUAGGGAGCUGGGCCAGACUCUGAUUGACGGCGGCAUUCUGGAUGACCUCAUCAGUGAGAAGCUGGAGGCCUUUAAUGCCCGUUAUGAUGAACUCAGCCAUCAGGCGGUCACGCGGCAGAUCGCUCUGGAGCAGCAGUUGGGUUCUCUGCGGGAGAGUGAAACAGCACUUCACACACUGAAAGAGUCUCUCACUCAGCUUGACCAGAAACUCACUUCAUACCUCACAGACCGCAUCGAUGCCUUCCAGCUCCCGCAGGAGGCCCAGACCAUCCAGGCUGAGAUUUCAGCCCACGAGGCCACCCUGGAGGACUUCAGGAGGAGGAACGUGGGUAAUCAGCCAGUUCCCACCACAGAGGGAAAGCCAGCACGCGGCGGGAGCAUGCUGGACCAGCUUCAGAGGAAGCUGCGUGAGGUGUCUACUAAGUUCCAGCUGUUCCAGAAGCCAGCGAAUUUUGAACAGAGGAUGUUGGACUGUCAGAGAGUGUUGGAGAGUGCCAAAGCUGAACUCCACAUCCUGGACCUGACAGACACACAGCCACAGGAAAUCCAGAAACACCUCGCUGGCUGCAUGAAGUUGUAUAAGAUGCUGAGUGAGGUGAAGCUGGAGGUGGAGACAGUGAUUAAGACGGGCAGACAGAUAGUACAGAAACAGCAGACGGAGAAUCCUAAAGGAAUGGAUGAGCAGCUUACCGCUCUCAAACUGCUUUACAACGACCUGGGAGCUCAGGUGACUGAAGGGAAACAGGAUCUGGAGAAAGCCCUGGCUUUGUCUCAGAGGAUACAUAAAGACAGCGCCGCCCUAGAGGAGUGGCUGACCCCCACACAGAACACCCUACAGGAGAAGAUUAACACUGGAGACAUGCCCGCAGACAUAGACGCCGAGAUCGCUUGGACCAACGCUCUGUUGAAGGAGACUGAGUGUAAGAAGGCAGAUCUCUCUGCGCUGAUGGAGAACAGCACUGGACUACAAGCUCUGGUGGAGGGGAGCGAGGCCCAGCUGGAGGACAGGCUAUUUGAGCUCAAUGAGGCCUGGGGACGAGUACGCACCUGGACCGAGGAGUGGCUCAGUGCUGUACUGAAUCAUCAAGGUGAGGUUGAAAUUUUUGAUGAGAACUUGGCACAUAUCAGCACGUGGCUGUACCAGACAGAGAUCCGCCUGGACGAAACAGAGAAACUACCUGCUGCAGACAGGGAGAGAGUGGUAAAGGCGGUGUUGGCAGAGUGGGAGGAUAUUAGUCUGAGAGUGGACAGUGCUCGAGACCAGGGGCUCAUUCUCAUGACCAGUAGAGGUGCGGCCUGCAGAGAGGUGGUGGAGCCCAAACUGGCCGACGUUAACCACAACUUUGACAAGGUCACGCAGCACAUCAAAUCUGCCCAGACGGCGGUGGGUGUAGAUGUGGUAGUUCAGGAGAAGGUACUUUCUGAGGAGGUGCAGCCUCAGCAGCAGCAACAGGAGGAGGUGGUGUGUGUCCCUGCUCUUCUCUCCUCCUCUCAGCUGCAGGAGUUUGAGUCAGAGCUUCAGGCCACUCUCAGAGCACUGGACAAUCAGGAAGAUCCAGUGAAUACACUAGAUGAUGACAAGGUGGAUGAAGAGAAGGCUCAUGUGGAGGAGGUGCUGAGGAGAGGAGAGGAGGUGCUACAGUUGACACCUGAUGAAGAGAGCAGAGAAGAACUCAGCCACAGAUUGCAGCUACUACGCAGUCACUACAGCGUACUCAGGGAGUUACAUAUCCUAAGAACUCAGCGUGUUACAGAUGUUUCCAUGGACACCUCCACCUCUUCCUCACUCUUAAGAGGAGAGUCAGACUCCUCAUCACUCGUUCCCUCCCUCUCCGCGGAGGAAAGGAAUGUGACGUACUCUCCCUCUGACUACCUGCUGGACAUUAACAAGCUUUUGUUGGCUAUGGCAGACAACGAGCUUCUCCUCAACUCCUCCGAACUUAGCGGAGGACUUUACGAAGACUUCUCCAGCCAAGAGGACAUGCUCAAGAGUAUUCGGGAGAGUCUGGAGCGCCUGGGUGAACAGGUCGCGGUGAUAAACGAGAGACAGCCCGAUGUAAUCCAGGAGGCCUCCAGGCAGGAGGUGUUACAGAUUGCUGAUGCUUUGACCCAGCUGAACGCUGAAUGGGACCGUCUCAACCGCAUGUACAACGACCGUAAGGGUUGCUUUGACUGUGCGGUAGAGGAGUGGAGACAAUUCCACUGUGACCUGAAUGACCUUGGCCAGUGGCUCAGUGAGGCAGAGCAGGUUCUAGCUGAUGGCGCCAGACCAGAAGCAGAACUGGACUUGGAGAGGGCACGAGUCCAGCAGGAGGAGCUGGAGGAAGGCUUGGCAACCCAUCAGCCUGUCCUGACAGUACUGACCCAAACAGGAGAACGAAUCAUCGGCCAACUGUCGUCUCCUGAUGGUCCUUUGCUACAGGAAAAACUGGACACACUCACCCAGCGCUGGAAAGCCGUACAACACCAGCUCUCUCUUCGCCGGCACAGGCUGGCGUGUGGAGACCCUGCUGUAUCAGAUGUCAUCCAGCGCACUGCAGACUUGGCCCAGUGGCUGGAACAAACGGAGGUCGCUGUGGCUACUCUCCCUGUCUCUGCUACGGACAACAACCUCAGAGAACUCAAGGCUCUGGCUGAGGAGAUGGAUGGACAGAACGAGUGUUUGACUUGGCUGAAUAAGAACGGGCCACAGAUCCUGUCCAGCCCCAGUGUGAGCGCACAGGAGAGAGAGCAGCAUAUGAACAGACUCCGAGCUGUCAACAUCAACUGGAGUAAAGUGACGCGGGAGCUGUUGGAUAAGGUGGGGGAGGUGGAGGGGCGUCUGCAGUCCCACGGGCAGUUCCAGGACAGGAUGAACCGACUGACUAACUGGAUUCUCGUCACUCAACAGACUCUCAGUGUCAGAGGAGCUACAGGCAUGAGUCCUGCUGAGGCACAGGCUCUGGAGUUAUCCAUGAAAGAGAAGAAGAGAGAGCUGGAGGAGCUGUUGGCACAUUCAAUAGAGCUCCAGAGACGGCAGCUGCUACUACCUCAGGAGAAGACAAAGGUAGAGAAGCUGGCAGCUGACUGGAAGGCUUUGGACCUCAGACUGAGAGAAUGUGCACAACCUCUAACAGUGAGUGUUCCCCCUGCAGUGCAAAUGGUCAGUUUAAGGAGUGAGGACCCACACCACCAGACCCCCCACAGUCCUGACCUCGUGGCUCCAACUGACCUGAAUGAGACUGCCACCGAGUUCGCUGAUUGGCUGCUACUCAUCACCCAAAUGCUCAAGUCCAACAUCGUCACCGUUGGUGACACAGAGGAGAUCCGAACCACCAUUCGCCGCUUGCAGGUAACUAAAGGUGAUCUGGAGCAGAGACACUCUCAGCUGGAAGACAUCUUCACUUUGGCCCAGAACAUCAAGAACAAAACCUCCAAUCUGGACGUUCGCACUUCUAUCACUGAGAAAUUGGAAAAGGUACGGAGCCAAUGGGACAACACGCAGCAUGGCGUGGAGGCGCGGCUUCAGCAGCUGGAACACAUGACCGUCCACAGUGACCAAUGGGAAGGCAAGCGUCGCGAGGUGAAGGCUCUGAUUGGUCAGAACGAGAUGCGCCUGCAGAACCUCCUACAGCUGAGUCAAGACCCGCUCACCAAGCAGCUCACAGACAACAAGGCCUUCCUACAAGACUUGAACCGAGAUCAGGUCACCGUGGCAACCUUUAAUGAGUUAUCCAAUCAGCUUCUCCGAGAGUACGCAUCAGAUGAUACGCGAAGAAUUAAAGAGGUCACAGAGAAACACAAUGCAGCUUGGAACACCAUCAACAACAGGGCGUCUGAUCGACAGGCAGCACUAGACGCUGAUCUGAAGUCUCUCCAGACUUCCCUGAAGGAGCUGGAGGCUUUUCUCAAAUGGCUACAGGAGGCAGAGACCACUGUCAACGUUCUCACCGACGCCUCACACAGAGAGAACCUGUCUCAGGACUCCGCGCAUGCCAGAGAGCUGAAGGCCCAACUACAGGAUAUCCAGGCUGAGAUCGACGCCCAUAAUGAUAUCUUUAAGAGUGUGGAGAACAGCAGACCCAAGAUGGUGAAAGCACUGGGUAGCUCAGAGGAGGCUGUGUUCCUCCAGCAACGCCUGGACGACAUGAACCAACGAUGGAGCGACCUCAAGGCUAAAUCUGCCAACAUACGAGCCCAUUUGGAGGCCAGUGCAGAGCGAUGGAGCAAGCUGCUCUCUCUGUUAGAGGAGUUGUGGAGGUGGAUCUGUCUCAAAGAUGAGGAGCUGACCAAACAGAUGCCUAUUGGAGGAGACGUCCCCACAGUGGUACAGCAACAGUUCCACUGCACGGCGCUGAGGGAGGAGCUGAAAGACCGCGAACCUGUUGUGGUCAGUACGUUGGACCAGGCCCGCAUGUUCUUAGCUGACCAGCCAAUCGAAGGUCCGGAGGAGCCACGCAAGAACCUACAGCCCAAAACAGAUCUGACUCCGGAGGAGAAGGCUCAGCGUGUGGCCAAGGCCAUCCGCAGGCAGACGGCCGAGGUGCGAGAGCGCUGGGAGAGGCUGCUCGGCCACGUGGGCGGCUGGCAGCAGCAGGUGGAGAGGGCGCUGGAGAAGCUCCAGGAUCUCCAGAGCUCCAUGGACCAGCUGGACCUGCGCUUGGCCCAGGCAGAGGAAGUCCGAGCGGGCUGGCAGCCCGUGGGAGACCUGCUGAUCGACUCUCUGCAGGACCACAUCACCAAAACUUCUACCUUUCGAGAGGAGAUUAUCCCACUUAAACAGGAUGUGCGUACGGUGAACGAGCUUGCGGGACACUUGGCUCCCCUGGACGUCCAGCUCUCCUCCACUGCCAGCCGACAGCUCGAUGAGCUUAACAUGCGCUGGAAACUUUUACAGGCGGACGUGGACGAGCGACUGAAGCUACUGAGAGAAGCCCAUCGUGACUUUGGCCCCUCAUCACAACACUUCUUAUCCACAUCCGUACAGUUACCCUGGCAGAGAGCUGUGUCCCAGAAUAAAGUCCCGUACUAUAUCAAUCAUCAGACCCAGACAACCUGCUGGGAUCAUCCAAAGAUGACAGAGCUGUACCAUUCACUUGCUGACCUGAACAACGUGCGAUUCUCCGCCUACCGAACAGCCAUGAAGAUCCGCCGCCUUCAGAAAGCACUGUGCCUGGACCUGUUGGAUCUUGACGUGGCUCAGAGCACCUUCCAGCAGCACAAGCUUACCCAGAAUUCUCAGCUGCUAACGGUUCCUGAGGUGAUUAACUGUCUGACCACUAUCUAUGAUGGACUGGAGCAGGAGCAUAAAGACUUGGUCAACGUCCCACUCUGUGUGGACAUGAGUCUCAACUGGCUUCUCAACGUCUAUGACACUGGUCGCAGUGGGAAGAUCCGAGCUCUGUCCAUGAGGAUAGGUCUGCUCUCUCUCUGUAAGGGCCACCUGGAGGACAAAUAUAAAUGCUUGUUCAGUCAGGUCUCCUCUGCGGGUGAGACCUGUGACCAGCGACAGUUGGGGCUUCUCCUGCACAAUGCCAUCCAGAUCCCACGGCAGCUGGGCGAGGUGGCCGCCUUCGGAGGGAGUAACGUGGAGCCCAGCGUCCGCAGCUGCUUCCAGCAUGUGACCAAUAAGGUUGAGCUGGAGCCAAGGCAGUUUGUUGAUUGGAUGAGGCUUGAGCCUCAGUCGAUGGUGUGGCUUCCUGUUCUACACCGCGUGGCAGCGGCAGAGACGGCUAAACACCAGGCUAAAUGUAACAUCUGCAAAGAGUACCCCAUCGUAGGCUUCAGGUAUCGGAGUCUGAAGCACUUUAACUAUGAUGUGUGUCAGAGUUGUUUCUUCUCUGGUCGUACGGCGAAGGGUCAUAAGCUUAACUACCCCAUGGUGGAGUACUGCACCCCGACUACCUCUGGAGAAGACAUGCGAGAUUUCACCAAAGUGUUGAAGAACAAGUUCCGCUCUAAGAAGUAUUUUGCCAAACACCCUCGUCUGGGCUAUCUGCCUGUCCAGACGGUGCUGGAGGGGGACAACAUUGAGACUCCUGUCACUUUGAUCAGCAUGUGUCCGGAGCAGUAUGAGCUCUCCCAGUCUCCUCAGCUCUCUCAUGAUGACACACACUCACGGAUCGAACAAUAUGCUAGCAGGUUGGCUCAGAUGGAGCGUUCCAACGGCUCUCUGCCCACAGACAGCAGCUCAGCCACUGGAAGCAUGGAUGACGAACAUGCUCUGAUACUGCAGUACUGUCAAACUCUUGGAGGGGAGGCGUCAUUCUACAGUCAGUCUCAGAGUCCCAGCCACAUAACCAGGACCCCCCCACACAAUCUGCAUAGCCCCUCCCAGCUGCUGCAGAGUCCCGCCCAGAUCCUGCAGGCUGUGGAGAGGGAGGAGCGAGGAGAGCUGGAGCGAGUCAUAGCACGUCUGGAGGAGGAACAGAGAGUCCUGCAGAGAGAGUAUGAACAGUUGAAGGAACAGCACAGCCAGCGGGGUCCUCCAGGCCUGGAGGCAGGGGCGGGGGCGGUAGGCCACGGCGGCGCCCCAGAGGAGGCCGACCUGCUGGCUGAAGCCAAACUACUGCGCCAACACAAGGGCCGUCUGGAGGCCAGGAUGCAGAUUCUGGAGGAUCAUAACAAACAGCUAGAGUCACAGCUGUGUCGCUUACGCCAGUUACUGCACCAGCCUGAACUGGACUCUAGAGUUAAUGGAAUUCCCACCUCCACUUCUCCCAUCCAUCAGGAAGCAGGAGGCCACCCUGAGCAUGGAGAUGAGCUUUUGGAUCAGGCCAAUCACAGCAGUGCAGAUCUGGCAGAGGUCAUGGAACAGAUAAACAACACUUUCCCUGCAUGCAGUCCAACAAGCCUGUCCACGCGACCACAGGUGAUGUGAUGGAUGUCAGCAGUCCCUGAAGGACGUCUUCUAAAGAAAGGAGAAUGUUCCCACGCAUUCUCCGACAUGCACACGCUCCUCUCCGUGUCGCGGCAUGGCACCAGUUUCCAUGGAGCAUUCCCAAUUUCGAUACGC